AUGGGCAACUAUGUUAAAGAAGCUUUUGGUAAAUACGUUACAAAACAACUGAGUCAAUGUAACCGAGUAGUCAUUGAAGCUGAAUUUCAUCUGCCUGUAUAUGAUGUUGAACGUGCACGACAAUAUUGUAUAUGGAAAGGUGAAAAAAUAUUGCAAAAUAAUCUAGUUGCUAUAUUAACGUUAUCACCUAGUCCUGUGUCCAUUGCUGAACAUAUACGACAAUAUGAAUAA